AUGGCGGGCGGCGACGAAGCCCAUUCGCACCAUGAGAUGAGGGAGAAGAUGUCUGCCGCGGGCACCAAUGAGCCUGAGCUGGCAGAGGCCCUGCGCCGUUACGUCCCUCACUCCGCCGACGAGAGGAGGCUCGUCCGCAAGAUCGACCUGUUCCUCAUGCCCACUCUUUGGGUCAUGUACAUUCUCAACUACGUCGACCGCACAAACAUUGGCAACGCCAAAAUCGCCGGCAUGGCGGUGGAUCUCGACCUUGACGACGACCGCUACGCCUGGGCUCUGUCCGUCUUCUUCUUCGGCUACCUCAUCUGCGAAGUCCCCUCCAACAUGCUUCUCAGCCGGAGCAGACCUUCCGUCUUCCUGCCCGCCACCAUGCUCGUCUGGGGCGCCCUGAGUGCCUUGAUGUCCGUCGCCAAAACGUACGGCGCUCUGUUGGGGCUGCGUUUUGUCCUGGGCUGCAUCGAGUCGGGGUUUUUCCCUGGUGUCUUGUAUUACCUCAGCUGCUGGUAUACCAAAGCAGAGCUAGGCAAGAGAUUCGGCAUCUUUUACACCGCUGCCGUGUUAUCGGGCGCCUUUGGCGGGAUUCUGGCCGGCGCCAUCACCGACCGUUUGCACAACGUACAUGGCAUUGCGGGCUGGCGCUGGCUGUUCAUUGUCGAGGGAGUCGUGACUGUUGGCGUGGCCUGCGUUGCCUUCUUCGUCCUGCUCGACUACCCCGGCUCGUCGACGCGACUGACGCUCGAGGAACGCAAGCUGGCUGCCAUUCGGAUUAUCCACGACGGCAUCGCGACGGGGGGGCAUUCGGACAAGCGCUUGACUCACUGCCAGGCGUUUGUGGCUGCGGUUGCGGAUCCCAGGACGUACAUGUUUCUCGUCCUGUUUAUGCUGGACGUCGGGGCUGGUACCAUCUCCUACUUCAUCCCCACCAUCAGCCAAACCAUGUACAAAGACAGCACCAAAGCCCAAUACAUGACGGUGCCAAUCUAUGUUGUCGCAGCCGUUUGCCUCAACAUGCUCGCCUGGUCAUCCGAUCGCACUGGCGACAGACGCUGGCACGUCGCGGGAGCCCUCGGAGUAGGGUUCGCAUGCAGCGUGGUGUGCGCCGCCGUGCAAACCUCAAUCGUCCGCUACGUCAUGGUGUGUUUCGUGGCGGCGGGCAUCUGGUCUGCCCUGCCGCUCAUCCUGUCGUGGACCAGCAGCACCGUCAGUCUUCCGCCCGAGAAGCGUGCCAUUGUCCUCGCACUCGUCAAUGCCUUUGGGAACUUUUCCAGUGUUUACGGAAGCCGCAUCUGGCCCAGGGGCGACAGCCCGGCGUUCCAUAUUGGCUUCGGCGUCACCGCUGGUUUCCUGGGAUGUGGCAUGAUUUUGGCGGCCAUUGUUCCCGUGCUCUGCAACUUGGUCAACUGGAAGGGUACUCGGGCUGAGAUGGAGCUUUACGAAUCAUCUGCCUUGCCCGAGAACUAA